AUGGCCCGGGGCAGAUCCAAAUCAUUGGUCCAGAAAGUGGCAUCUGAGGUACCUGCUUAUUCUCAGGAGAACUUGGAUAAUGAUUCGUCUGAAACGAAAAGCAUCCAUAACCCAACUCUUCCAAAGGGCCAGUCGCACCACGUAUUGGUUCCACUGAAACGUGGAAGAUCCAAGUCAUUGACCGUUGGAGUAAAUGUGAAGAUUGAUGUUGCUCCUGAAACGCCCACGUAUCCUUUUUCAGAGGAGGAGAGAGAUGCACUCUGGACGAAGUGCUUAGAUGCUCUCAAUUACAACACGGUGUUGGAUUCGCAGCUAAUUGACAGCGUCAACGAUUAUAACGAUGACUUGAUUUUGCAAUUCCAAAAAGACUGUAACUUGAAUGUCAACCAGAUAGACAAUCUCAUUGAUGAAAACCAAUUCAUUCUUACGUCCCUUAAUAGCCUAAUGUUCCAAUAUGAUAAGGUUUCAAAAGAGACCUCCGACUUUGCUUCUCAGGCCACUGGUCUAUUGCAAAAGCAAGAAGAACUUGAAGCAAAGGCUCAGCAAAUGGACCAUGUUCUUAAAAUAUUUGAACCGCUUGAAAAAAUCAGCAAGAAGUUGGUUAGUUCAGGUAACUCCAUUGUUCGUACCGGAAGAAUCACUACCAUGCUUGUCCAAUUGCAAGAGUGUUUAGAGUUCUUGGGCUCUCAUGGAGACUACAAGGAUAGCGAAGUGUACAUCAUUCGCUACCGUCAAUGCAUGACUCGAGGCUUGACCUUGGUCCGUAAUUACUUGAUUGACCAUAUCAGAAAGAGAGGCGAAGAAGCCCUUGCUAAAACACACGGCGACAAUCUCAAAAGUUUAUCCUGGGAUAUCAUCUUAUACAGUGAGUUCAUCAGUGAGCUUUCUAAGGAACCAGAGCCUUCUAGCUUCCCUACGUUGAUCGGCCAAAUUGUUAGACAGAGUGCAUCUCACAAGGAAUAUAGAGGUUUGGUCACCGAUGUUCUUUCCAGUUACUUCCGCAUGAGAGUCCAGCUAGUACACCAGAAUAUCAACCAUAACAGAGUGGUCGACGAUUCUGAAGAUUUGGUUCUCCAUAGCCAGAAGUCCAUCUCGUGGUUCAAAAAGAUCUUGGAGAAGGAGUACAACUUGUUCAUAAAACACUUCCCAUUUGAAGAAUGGGACUCUAGUCUGCAUAAAUUCUUCACUGAAGAACUUAACUCCUUCUACAAGGAUCUUCUAGAUCCAUUAUACGAUGAAGUCAGAAACAAGGUGCUUCGGGAACAAAACAUUGGAGAAUUAUGCAAGCUCACAAACUUGCUUACCUCCUAUUACGAAUUCGAUGAGGAAACCUCAGUUGUUAGUGCUAUGCCUGAUGCUAAGAUCGAGUACGGUGAGCUCUUUGAACCUAUGUUGAGCAUUUCCCAGUCUCGUCUUAUAUUCCGUAUUCAAAACUACAUUGACAACAAGCUCUUACGUUAUAAGCCUAAGGCAGAAGACUUGAGACUUGGAAGAAGGAGAUCUUCAAGUCGGCAAAGAAGCCGUGCCGAUUCCAUUCUUGAUGAAGUGGAGGAGAACCUUUUCCCAGAUGCAUACACGCCUGUUGGUAAGGCCUUGACCAUUCUCUCAAAUAUCUACGACUUGAUAAGCACUAUGGUCUUUGAUGAUAUGGCCCACUACAUUGUGCACAGUUGUAUUUCCAUGUUGAAGAAUGGAGCCAUGCCAUUGGCAAAAGCUCAUCUAGGGAGUUUGGAUGCAAAGUUAUUCUAUUUCAAGAACUUGAUGGUUCUCAGAACUCAGCUAACUAAUUUCGAUACGCAAUAUGUUCGUGCUGAGACGGCGCUUGAUUUUACAAGUGGUAUCACCGAAUUGAUCAAGACAUUCAGAAGCGGUGAACUUCAAGUCAAAGUGAGUGAACAAGGCGGAUUGCUCGAACUUGUGAAACGUUCUGCUCCCCAAGUUAUUAAUAACUUGAUAGAUGCAAAUGAAGAAGCCGAGUCUGAAUUAAGCAACACGGUAACUGCUUGGGUGGCUGAAUGUUCAGAUGCUAUCUGCGCCCCAUUACGUGAUGAGAAGACGCCGCUCAAAGAUGUACUCGUGGCUUUCAAUGACAAUAUAAUUAUGCAAGUUCCAAAGACGCAUGGCCAGGUCAAGGCCUACAUUGACGAUAAUGAGGUUAUCAGGUUCCUUAUUGACCAAGUCUCGAAGUUUAUCUUCAGUUCAUACGAGAAGUUUUAUGAUGGACUCGAACAGAGAUUGUCCAAGGGCCAGCUCAAGACAGACGAAAUGGGUGAAGUCAUGGAGCCAGAUGCUUUCUUCAACUUCUUGAAUGAUACCGUUUCUGGAGUUUUUCAGGCUGAGGAAGCCGAGCUGAGUGUGAAACUUAACGAGAACAUUCUCGAUGAGCUCGACAAAAUGGAAAACGAAGCCCAAUAA